GUCAUCAUGCACUUGCGUAGAUGCUGCUGCUGAGUGGUGUUUGACAGUCUCAGGCGACAAGAGGAAAACAAGACAGCGUUUUCCCCUCUCUCCUCCGAGCUUAAGGCGAAUCACCGAUGGGUGCCACCAUGAAGCAGAAAACAUAAGUUGAGCACUCCGUAGGACGCCGCCACUUGUACUUUUAGGAAGAUAGUCAACUGUGGGAUGAAGAAUUGAAGACUUCAAGCGUUUGUGUCAUCAUGUCGAAACCAAUGGAUCACGUUAAACGCCCGAUGAAUGCUUUCAUGGUUUGGUCCAGAGCCCAGCGCAGAAAAAUGGCUCAGGAGAACCCAAAAAUGCACAACUCGGAGAUCAGCAAGAGACUGGGAGCGGAGUGGAAACUUCUCACCGAGUCUGAGAAAAGGCCAUUCAUCGACGAAGCCAAACGACUGCGGGCGAUGCACAUGAAGGAGCACCCAGACUAUAAAUACAGACCGAGACGGAAGCCCAAGACUCUGAUGAAAAAAGAUAAGUUUUCUUUCCCUGUGCCCUAUAAUCUCGGGGAGCACGACGCACUCAAAGUUAACGGGCUUACCACAGGAGCACUUUCCGAGUCUGUCGUUGGGAACCCUGAUAAGGCUGCAGCGGCUGCAGCCGCCGCAGGCGCCAGGGGGGGUCUUAAACCCCCCGCCGCAGCAGCGAGGGUGUUCUUCAACCCGUCCAUGUCUACGAACCCAUAUUCCUUUUUCGACCUGGGAUCCAAGAUGACUGAGCUUUCCCCUCCUUCGUUUCCGUACGCGUCUCCGCUGGGGUACCCGCCCGGAGGCGCCACGGCUUUCACCGGGACAGGCGGUGUGGGUGGCGGGACGCACACCCACACUCACUCACAUCCGUCCCCGGGAAACCCGGGAUAUAUGAUUCCUUGUAACUGUACGGCCUGGCCCUCGGCAGGACUCCAGCCGCCCUUAGCAUACAUCCUGCUUCCCGGGAUGGGAAAACCUCAACUUGAACCGUACCCUGCAUAUGCUGCGGCAUUAUGAUAGCCCCUGUCUGGACUUCUAAGAAAACGAAAUGUGAAAAAAGAAACAAACAAACAAAAGCUAUUCAUGCAAGAGUUUUAUUAUGCAUGCACAAACUUGUACAUGUGAUGAAGUGCUCGUUGUCUCAGAUAUCACAUGUGUAUGUAUAUUGAUUAAUGCCUUUAUCUAAGGUAAUGCUUAUUUAGAGAACUCUCUAAUCUAUUACUACCCAGCCAUCAACUCUCACAACCCAAAGAGGGAAAAAGGACUAAAGGAUGGCAGACGCGCAUAAUUAGAGAGGAAAUGGUUUGCAGUUUGUGAAAACACAUUUUAAAGGUACCCUGUCCGAUUUCUAUCUUUUCCAAGUUGCACCUGCUUGGCUAACCUGUCCUCUCAGAUAAGUUCCAGUAAGGUUCAUGGAUCAAGGAGGAAUGUCACAACAUCCCCCCCAUCUUGAAUGACUGUAAAUGUGUACAGGUAAAAUGACUAGUUUAUUUGCCGUUAUAGGCUUAGUGUCUGAGAUUUAGGGCCAGGAACCUACGUAGAAAUCCGGUGUAUAUUUUGAGUUUUUAAACCGUUUUAUAGAUGUCUGUAAUAUUUAUUGUUUAGUGGAAUCUAUGGUGACCCAGACAAUUUUAAAAAGGACAAGACUAGUUCUGUAAUAUUUGCACAUGAAAUGUAGAUGAUGUAAUUUAUUUUGGAAGGUGAUAUUCAAUUUCACUGCAUCGCAGCUUCCAAGUUUGAUUGACCAGAACUUUUUUUUCUAAACGGUUUAAAAAAAUAAUUCGAAUUUAACUGCAGAUUUAUUCAAGGACCUUAUAUCAUUUAUCUCCCAACCUCCCUCCCCCCGUAUCAUGUGCAGCAUAAAGAAGAAGAAGAAGAAGCAUUUUUAACUCACUUUUAUGGAAUUUGUGUGUUGUGUUUUCUAUAAUCUCCGUUAUGUACUUCAGCCUAUUGCAACUGUUCACUUGUUGAGCAAUGGACUACAAUAAAGCGUAUUCGGAUUAAAACGGAAGGGAAUCGCGGCUGUAGUUCUUGUUGAGAUGAACAAGAUUGUUAUCUGUUCUGUUCCUGCUCCUGCUCCCCAGUCCAGGUGAAGUGUAAGGUAUCCUCCAAAGGCCGCUUUUGUCCGCGCGUUGAAUGGCACUGCUGGGGGAAAUCUAAAUCAGCCCAUUGUAAUCAAGAGCCAAAACCUUAUUUAUCACAUUUUUAAUCGUGAAUAGGAAGGAAGAUAAAACUGUGUGGUACUCUGAGCCCCCUUUUCCCAGGAAAAAAAAACUAGGGGGGCAGCUGCUUUUUAGGCUGCAGAACAAGCUCGUCUUUGAGGCUUUAAAACGAUCUGAGAUGAGUCUCUGCGCUUCCAAGUCUGAAAACAAACGCAUUUCAUAUCUAUAAUCACCUGUUCUUAAGACGCUCCCACGUGCGCGUGCGUGUAGCCAGUGUGUAUGUGCAUGCUUCCUUAUUAGAUCUGUUCGUUGUUUAAGAUGCCACUCCUAGAUUAC